CAGGUGACCCCAGCCAUGAGGACCCUCACCCUCCUUGCUGUCCUUCUCCUGGUGGCCCUCCAGGCCCAGUCUGAGCCACUCCUGGAAAGAGCUUAUGAGAAUCCAGCCCAGCAGCAGCCCGGGGCAGAGGACCAGGACGUGGCCAUCUCCUUUGCAAGGGACCACAUCUCUGCUCUUGAAGCUGCAGAUUCCCACUGA